UCAAUUUCAACGUUCAGUUGUCAAUUAAGUGUCAGUCUGGGUUGACAAAUUUGUAUUUAAUUUAUUGAAAGGAAUAAAAUAUACUAAAAUUAACUGUAAAAGUUAUUCAAAAUUGUUUCGUUCACAUAAACUUUGUUUCUUAUCGUAAGAGUAACAUGGGCAUAGAAAACAUGCGUCGUUGGCCUAUGUAUAUCGUAUUCGCUGUAUGUAUUUUAUUGUUCCUUUCACUAUUCAAUAGUUGGAGCGUGGAAACUGAAUUACGAAACAGGGUUUCGGAGCUUAGUACUCAACUUCAGGAAUGCUCAAAGCAGCAGACAUCUUGCAUGGAAGAAUCGCUAACAUUACUGGAACAACGCGAUGGAUAUGUAGUAAAAAUGAAUGAGUUAGACAAACAAAAGUCGAAAUUAAUUGAUGAUGUAGCUGAUUUCAAGACCAAGCUGUCGAGAUCUGAAGGACAAGUGAACCACACCAAAGUCGAUGUGGAACUUUGUAAGACAGAGCUGCAAUCACUGAAAAAUUUACAAGUAAGCAAGACUGCUAUAGUAGAUACAUUAAGGUUAGAGAAAGAUACUUUAACCGCUCAACUGACUGAGAGGAAGCAAAAAAUAGAAGAUUUGGAAAAAGAGAUUGAGAAGUUAAAGUCAGCUCUGACAACAAAAAGUGCUCCAAAUCCAUCUUCAAUACCCAAGGUGACGCCAGCUGCCCAGCCGCCCAAGAUGAGUCCUGCUCUCAGUGCCCACAACCCCAUUAAUGAACCAGUGUUAGAAAAUGAUGCCAAGGAAGAAAUAGAAGACACAAAUGCCUUGAAUGAUGGCAAUGAUUUUGACCCACAGGUGCAAUAAGUUUAAUUAUUGUUUAAGUUUGUGAUUUAGUGGCCUGUUAACAUUUACCAGUUAGGGACUAAGAAAGAGGCUGAUGGUAGAAAGGCUAUAAGCUAGAAUACAUGCAUAAUGAGUAUUCUUAACAACUAAAGAGGUUCGAAGAACUGAAGGUUAGCUAUGAAAAAAAAAAUCACUUUGAUGGUUGACAUUCUUGUUGAUAAGAGUAUUUUUUUUGUAGGUUACUACACCUUCUGCUCUUGAUAACAGAGUCAGUCAAUUCAUACAAGCUUAGCCUAUAUAACAGAUCUUUGGACAUUAAGUUGCCUUUUCAGAGCUUUUGUGAUUGUGUAAAUUGACUGUCAAUGUUUUAUUCUUUUAAUGAAAUCAACAGUGUGCAAAGACGAAGUAUUCAAAUGAAUUAAUCAAAAAUAAAAAGUUUUAUUACAACUGCAAAAUGCAAAUUAUAUUCAAGUUGCUUAACCGAUAUUCAAUGUUAAAUAAUAAAGUCUUCAUAUUGUUUGUUGAAAUACAUUAUAUGCUUUAAUUUUUAUUCCAAUGCAGACUUAAUGUUAUAUUUAUUGUAUUGUAUAGUUGUGACUAAUCUAUUAUUAGAACAGCUGUUGCUAGUGCAUUUACAAAUAAAUAUUUUUAUGGUGCUUUUACUUUCUGCCUUUCUACAAUCAAAGAUCCAAAAAUGCAUUUGUUUAUUUACAACUACUUGAAUAGUAAUGAUUAAUGUAUUAAAUAAUAUUAUUCAUUAUGGAAUAGCUUAUGGAAAUGAAAGGGCUUGAAUAAACUUAACAAUUUAAUUAUGUGCAAUUUCAGGUGAAGCCAUAUUUCAUACUCUCUUAGAAAUAAUUUUAGUUUUUAUUUUUAAAUCACAAGUAUUGUUAAUAUGAUUAAUGGGAUUAGAAUAGAGAUGCCAUGAUGGUGCCAGAAAUGACUAUUUGGAUCUGACAUGAGUAGUUUAAUACUGAUAUGUUAUUUUGCUCAAUUUUCUAUUAUUGACAUUAUGAACACUGUUAUUUCAAUUCGAUUCAGAGGCGGUGUGAAUAAUUUUUUAGAUUGGUGAAGUGUAUUAUGAUGUAAUGUUAUAGCAUAAUGUUUGCGUCGGCUCUAUAAGUACGUAAUAUUGUAUUGUAUGUGUAACUUUAGUAUUGUACUCUGUAGUUACUGUGUUUCGUACACGUCUUUUAUAGUUGAGGAAUAAAUUGUAUAGAUUUUUUCCUUUUUUA